AUGAACGAAACUAAUGACGCGGAGCGCAUAUAUGUCAUACCAGAAAACAAUGUCCUAUGGCGUAAAGGAUGGCCACUUACAACACCAACAGGCGAAGUUAUUCUACAUUUGGGAGCUCUUGAUGAUGCCUUAGUACGACCAAGCGAUUUAUACUUGUGCGUUAAAAGUGUGGAUAAAACGAAAACGCCACAAUUGCAUGUGGUUUGUCGGAACGCCUCAAACGGCUUACAAAUACAACAACAACAAGCACAACAGUCACACGCAAGUGUAGCGGCCACAUUUGCUACCUGCGACACAGCAGCAGCAACAACAACAAUUCAAAGUCAUUGCAUCGAUUUCAACGCAACAACAACUACAACGGGAAUUGCAACCACCCCACCAACACAUUUAAGCGCAUUAACACUCGAAAUGUUGACGAGUGACGAAUUGCCGCAAUUGUUGCAACACUUGCUGGUGGGCGUUGAGCACAGCAUCGAGCGGGUCUCGUUGAAUGAGCUGCAAAUGCCCGCCUCGACGACACCAGCAACAGCAGCACCAGGGCCGUUGGCAUUGGAUGAGGCUAACAAUAAUGGCAAAAGCAAUAACAACAACAAAAGUAGCAGCGGCGGCAGUGCAACCAACAGCAGCUUAAUGCGCUGCAGCAACAACAAUACAACAACAAAUUCACCAAAAUGUGCACUACGACGCAGCGAAUUGAUCACCAAAAACAAAGUCCUCAACAACAAAUUCAUGUUGCGACGCCUGACCAAUCGGCAGGACAGCAUGAAUUCCACAUCGUCGGGACAGAGUUGCGGCAGUAGCGGAAGCACCUCCAGCGAUGAGCUAUUGCAUUGCAACGGCAGCCAUCACACAAGCUACAACAACAACAAUAAUAAUAAUAUCACCUCGCCGAGCGUUACUGCUAACACAUUGGAUCCGUUGAAAAUGUCUGCGGGCUCAACAAAUUCGGCAAGCACCUCGCCGGCAUUGCCACUCUUCUGUUUGGGCAAUUCAUUUCCGCACAUCGAUAGUGACGAGGAGAAUACCGAUGAGAAGCGCAGCGCGCAUGGAGAAGAUCAAUUUGAGUGUGAAAUCGUGCCUCCUGCCUCAAUUGGCGAAAUCCCCGAGAAACUAUUAACCACAUCGGGUAUUUAUCUGCCAGGCACCACCGAUCUAAACGGCCAUCCGAUUGUCACUGUCGAUGCGGAAUGCGUAUUGGCAGCCGGUCUAAAUU